UCACUCUUUCACUCUCUCUAGACUACGGAUGUCCAGGGGGCCAGGGUCCAGGUAGGGGUUUGCCUUUGAGGAGUGUAUCCCUGGAUAUGAACCUGUCAGGGGGCCGGCCCCCACAGGGCCAGUAUCCCCCCAUGAGGACCCCCAGCCCCUACACACUACAGCAGCAGCAAGGCAUCUUGGGAAACCACGCCGCCAUGAUGUCCAACCAGGCCAACCUCGCAGGUCUAGUGAGUGGUCCUCGGCAGGGCAUGCAGCACCAGCAGGAGGAAGGGGGUUGGGGUCCUGGGGGCCCGGGUCAGAGCGGUUCAGCCUCGGUCCCUCCUCCUGGGGCCCCAGUUCAGCAGGGGACGAUGCACAGUCGUAUGGGGCCCAACCCUGGAGGCCCCGGGGGCCUCAUGAGACCCAGCAGUCUACCAGGACCUGCACCCAGGCAGAUGCUGCAGUCGCAGAUGAUGGCCAACGAGAUGGGCAUGCGGGCCCACCAGUUCUCCCAGCAACAGGCUCCACCCAAUCAGACGGCUCCAUGGCCAGACAGCAUGAUACCUAUUGAGGCCUUCAACCAGAACAGGUCUGUGUAUGCCCCCCAGCAGGAGGAGGAGGUGUUGUGUGGGGGUCCGGGGCCCGGGGGCCAGGGAACUGGGGGUCCUGGUGAGGGGGGUUCUAGUGAUGAGGGGGCUCUCAUGUCACAGCUCUACACAGUGCUGAAGGACUUUGAUGGCCUGGAGGAGAUAGACAGAGCCCUGGGGAUACCUACUCUGAUGGGACAGGGUCAGUCUGUAGAUCAGGACCAGUUCUCUUCAGACCCGUCCAUGUUGUUGGACCAGAAGCCUUCAGUGUACGGCCAGCAGGACCCCCCACCCGGCUCCCAUCUAGCCCAGAGAGGAUACCACGACCCUGGGUCCGGCAGACCCAUGCAGGACCCCCCACCAGGCUCCCAUCUAGCCCAGAGAGGAUACCACGACCCUGGGUCCGGCAGACCCAUGCAGGACCCCACAGGGCAAGGCUUCCACCCCAUGGCUGGCCAGAUGAGCCCCAGACCAGGAUACCCCAUCAUGAGGAUGCAGCAACGACCGGGGCUGAGGCCCCAAGGGGUGGUUCCUAACCAGCCUAAUACACUGAGGUUACAGCUGCAGCACCGGUUACAGGUACAACAGAACCGCCAGCCAAUGAUGAUCCAGAUGAGUGGAGUGUCCAAUAUGAACCAAACUUUACAGUCCAACAACCCCAACCAGGGGACCAUCAAUGCUCAGAUGUUAGCCCAGCGCCAGCGGGAGCUGCUCAGUAACCACCUCAGACAGCGCCAGCUAGAGCACCAGAGACAACAACAACAACAACAACAACAGAGGAACAUGGUGAUGAGAGCCCAGGGACUCAACCUACCUCCCAAUAUGGCCGCCGCCAACAUGGCUGCUGCAAGUGGCCAAUCAGGAGGGCUGAGUAACCCCCGGAUCCCCCAGACCACCAACCCUCAGCAGUUCCCUUUCCCACCCAGCUACGGUAUGUCCCAGCAGCCUGACGGAGGGUUUGGAGGAUCCACCACGCCCCAGAGUCCCCUGCUGUCCCCCAGGAUGGCCCACGCCCAGUCUCCCAUAAUGCAACAGCAGGGCCAGGGCAAUGCCGCCUUCCAGGGCUUGCCUGACAUAAACGGUUGGCCCCCGCAGGGGAACAUGGGAGGGAACAGUAUGUUCAGUACUCAGCAGUCUCCGCCCCAGUUCACCCAGCAGCAGCAGACCAACGGGGGCGCGGCCAUGUACAACGGCAACGGAAUGAACCACAACGUCUCCAUGGCAACCAACGCCAGCAUGGGUCAGAUGGCUGGACAGAUGGACAUCACCUCACCUGAGAUCACCUCCAUGGGACAAGAACCGAAAUACUGCUGACCCUGGUGGAGCGUUCAGCCAACCAGCACCUUGAUGCUAAUACCCAGGAUCCAAUGAGCUCGCUGGUUCAUCUUCAACCAAUCAACCAACGGCUCUUUGAAUGGACCUGGCAGUGUCCUGACCCAGCUCUACCCAGCCCAACCCGAUCUCCAACCUCACCCACCUGGCAUAAACUGUGCCUCUUAUCUGCCCCUACUGGGAGGCCCAGGGGUGAAGGGGGAGGGGGGGGGGGAUAGAGCAAAGAUGGGACUUCUAUUGGACUUCAGAGCCAGGGACCUGGUCGAAAGCACCGCACCACACAGAGUUUAGUGAGGCAAGCCUAAAACGUCUCUCUAAAGGAGAACCCGUGAGCCUGUCUGUCUGUCUGUCUGUCUGUCUGUCUGUCCAGCCUGCAUUCCUCUUAGUGUGACUAAACGCUAGGUUCAUGACUAAGUGGAAAAGGCAGACAUGGACGUGCUUUGAACUCGUUGAGAAAUGCUGAUUGGUCAACAAGCUACGUCAAACCAUCUACUUGAAUCUACAGCUUUGUAAAACAAAUUAUAAUGUUCAAAAACCUUUUUAAUAGAUUUUCUUUUUAUAAAUAAUGUUUUGUUGCAUUUAAACUGCCAUGAAAAAUGCUUGUUAUCGAGGUCGUUUCCUUAGUAGGUGACGUCAGAGGUCGGCAUGUGGGAGAAGUAGGAGCUCAGGGAUGAUGGAUGAGUCUACCACUAGUUAGUUUACAGCCAGUUUGAGGGGCGUUCAAGAGGAUUUGUCCCUGUCGUAUGUGGUGAAUACCACUUUCCCACUUGGUUAUUGACGCAGAGUUACUGUAGACCCCUUCCCAUCUACUGUAUGACUAUAGGCCCCUCCCCCUUCAAAAAGGUCCCUCCCCCUCUGGGUGAUUGACAGUAGGCCCCUCGCUCUUUGCCUGGAGGCCCCAUAGAGGUCCCUCCCCCUCUGGGUGAUUGACAGUAGGCCCCUCGCUCUUUGCCUGGAGGCCCCAUAGAGGCUCCUCCCCCUCUGGUUGAUUGACAGUAGGCCCCUCGCUCUUUGCCUGGAGGCCCCAUAGAGGUCCCUCCCCCUCUGGGUGAUUGACAGUAGGCCCCUCGCUCUUUGCCUGGAGGCCCCAUAGAGGCUCCUCCCCCUCUGGGUGAUUGACAGUAGGCCCCUCGCUCUUUGCCUGGAGGCCCCAUAGAGGCUCCUCCCCCUCUGGUUUGACUGACUGACUACUGGUGGCAGCGGUGGGACCCUCCUCAGAUGAAUGUAUUCAUUAGUGGUCAGCUGCCAUUUUUACAAUCUCAUCUCAAGAAAAUGUCAACAGUUUUUUUUUUUUUUCACCUCGCUUUGAUCCCUCACUUCUUCUUCGGGUUCAUCUCACGUUCCAACCCAUUCUUCCCUUCUAACGUUUUCUGCGUUCCACAAUGGCAGCAAACUGUGACGCCGAUGUUAUGUUUUGGAUCCUGGAGGACAGCGGAGGGAGGGAGUGGAACAGCUGACUACUUUCAGUUGUUUUUGCCUUCUUCUUUUUUUAAAUUUGUGUGUAGUUUUUGUUUUUGUUUUCGUAAUGACGAUGAGUGAGGCUGACGAGAAAUGGUUUGAAAACCGAUCUUGGAAAGCACAGUAGAUGAAUGGUUUGAUUUAAAGUAAUGCUUUGUAUUAUAAUUAGUCAAAUUUAGUCAAAAGGUUUAUAGUGUAUUAAAUUAAGUUGUAUUUUUCUGUAUAGAUGUUGUUGUUGUUGUUUUUUUUAUGUUAGAUUUAUUAUCGUAGCAAAACAAGAUGAUUAUUUGUAAAUCGGUGAAAGUGAGUAAAAAUAACCUUUUUUUUUGUCAGACUCUUAUCAAUUUGAAAUAAUAUGGAUUUAACUUUGGUCCGGUAGUUUCAUCAGAAGUUAUUGAAAUUAUAUUAUGCGGUUCAAGGAAACCAAAUACAGACAGAUUGUACAAGACAAGUUAACAACAGAGUUCCAUUUCCUAUUUAUCGUCUCCCUGUCUGGUCUGGACUACCAUCUGCUAUAAGAGAAGAGUGGUGCGUUUUGUGUUGUUUGUUUGAGAAGAGGAGAGACACACCGGUAUGGUACAGGAGUGGGUGGGGUUAUCUUUGUCCAGGCUCUAGUGGGGUGGGGUGGGUCGUGGGGGGGGUGGGGGGGGGGGCGUUUAGCCUUGAGCAUAUAGAGCCAUGAUAGAAAGACAGGACACAAGUCAACACAGCCAUAUACAGUUAUAUAACUCAACAAAAAAAAAGAUUGAACGGAACAAGCGUGCUUUCUAUGUUGAUUAGAGUCUCGGUGCCUCGUACAGGCUGCUAGGGUCAAACCGCUCUGGUCCGUCAGUACGAUGUAAGUAAACAAGCAAUAAUGAGUACUAGGAAUCUUUAUGUCUUUUUUGGUGUUGUUGGUUUUAGUCGUUUUUGUACUGAUUUUGUUUUCCUGGUCAUGUUAUGCUCCGUGGUCUGUUUUUUUUUGUAAACUGGUUAAACGUCCCUCACAGAUCACGCUGCAGCGUUUGUUGUGGGUUUAGAGACGGCAGGGAGGGAGUGGGGUGCUGAACCCCGGGUAAUCAACCCUCAUAUUAACAGAUAGGUUUGCGUCAUAAAAUGGCACACUAUUCCCUACAUAGUGCACUACUUUAGGCCCUAAGCCCCUAUGGCAUCAUAUUCCCUCGCCCCAUCAGUAACUGGUAUUUUGACCAGUUCCUCUUGAUCCUAUGUGCCUUUCGGGAUGCAGCCAUUCCCUCUCUGACCACAGAGCAGAGACCUAUUGGGCCCUUAUCCAAUUCUUCUUUCCUUCCUUUAAGUAGUCACUUGGUAUGCCAUGACUGGAUAGGUGACACACAUGUAAUGGCCUGUGUCCCAAAUGGCACCCUAUGCCCUUUAUAGUGCACUAUUUUUUUGUCUGGGGCCAAUAGGGAUCUGGUCAAAAGUAGUGCACUAUGUAGGUAAUACUGGAUGGAGUCCACGGAAUCAACUAUGUGGUUCAGAUGGUUGGAGGUUGGAGCACGGCGCUAGGAGCGCUAGGAGCACAGUGCUAGGAGCGCCAGGAGCACGGCGCUAGGAGCACAGUGCUAGGAGCGCCAGGAGCACGGUGCUAGGAGCACUAGGAGCACAGCGCUAGGAGCACGGCGCUAGGAGCGCUAGGAGCACGGUGCUAGGAGCGCUAGUAGUCAUAUUCCCUCGUCCCUGUAAUGGGGGAUGGUGACAUCAUAUUCCCUCGUCCCUGUAAUGGGGGAUGGUGACAUCAUAUUCCCUCGUCCCUGUAAUGGGGGAUGGUGACAUCAUAUUCCCUCGUCCCUGUAAUGGGGGAUGGUGACAUCAUAUUCCCUCGUCCCUGUAAUGGGGGAUGGUGACAUCAUAUUCCCUCGUCCCUGUAAUGGUAUAGUGGUUUUAGCUCCGUUGGUGCAUCAAAAGUCACAUUCUGAUCUCGAAACUACAUCCUCUAAUCCUGAAAUGUUGUAGCCUGGUCCCAUAUAUUUGUGUUCUUGCUUACUCCGUUGCUGCCAAUGUCAACUCUAUGUUGUCAUGACAAUUAGUGACAAGGAGUUGGCAUGAUGGCACAAACAGACUGGCGCUCAUGCUAGCAAUGUUGAUAUUUCUGAUGUUAAGCCAGACAUUACUAUGGACAACAAGCCAAAUAUCCCAUGCCUUGUAAAUUGGGUUAUGAAUUCUACCAGCCUUUCAUUACAAAAUGAAGGACAGAGGUGGACUGAGCUGUGUUUCAUCAGUUUUAAAUCAAACCGGACCCCAAACUGUUAAAUCUGCCUCGGAUAAAGAGCCUAUUAGCAGCCCAGACAGUGUGAUAGUCCAUCAGCCUCAGAGAAACAUGCAACGCCAUCUCGCUGUGUGUGUGUAUGUGUGUGUGUGUGUGUGUGUGUGUGUGUGUGUGUGUGUGUGUGUGUGUGUGUGUGUGUGUGUGUGUGUGUGUGUGUGUGUGUGUGUGUGUGUGUGUGUGUGUGUGUGUGUGUACAGCAUAAUACGUGUAUUUGAUGAGGGUCUGAGAUAAAUUGAAUGUAUUGUCAUUGGCUGGCCUCAGAUCAGAAGAGGCUGUAAAAGUGUUGCGCUGCACCUCAAAUGAUAUCCUUAUAUAUAUAUAUAUAUAUAUAUAUAUCCUGUUCCCUUUGUGCUCCAUAUAUGGUAAUGAAGCCCCUUUUGGGAUGCAGCCCAUCACUGGGAGAAGCUGUAGAAUAUGGUUCUCAUUGGAUGGUCUAGAACUGCCCAAAACCUGAUGGAUUAAAUGACUUAUAAGCCCUGGUCUGAGAACAGUUUUGAUUUGUACUUCCCGAAUGGCAACUGCUAGGAUUGGUCAUGGAGAGAAAGCUGAUCAAAAGACAGUCAAAGUAAGAGUGUUGAUCUAGGAUCAGUUUAGUCUUUACAUUACAAUGAAUGGACAAAGGGGAACUGAUGAUAGAUCAGUAUUUCUACACUCAAAUGAUUUGGGGAAUAAUGUACAUUCUCUUUGGACACCGAGGUACAGUAGAAUUUGGAGCAUAGGGAUGCUAUAAUUUAGUGAUUCCAUGUGUAACAGAAGGGCGCAUUCACAUUGUUUUGAUGUUCGAUUUAUCACAAUUUAUCACAAUUUAUCGAUCACACUUUUGAUAAAAGCUGGAUGUCAAAUCAAAUCAAAUCAAAUCCCCGUUUGCAAAUUUCCAAAGAUUUGUUAAUAUUUUUAAAUGAAUACAAGCCAUGAGGUAAUGCUUUUUUUUUAAAGCAUUUCUGUCAGUACUUGGAGCAAACAAACUAUUUGCCCCACACAACAACAACAACAAAAAUUAUCAUACAGACUUUGAAUUUAAAACAAUUUACGAACUAAUUCCUCUAUUUAACUUUAAUUUUAGCGAUUUUUUUUUUUUGUUGAUAUGUCCUGUUUUUGUAUAGUCUGCUAAUUUUUCUUAGCGCUAAAAUGCAAGAACCUUAAUGCUAAUAAUGUAGCAUAUUGCCUUAGAUUGUCUGUUCUCGUUCUUGUAUAUUAUAAGGCUGUAUUAUAUUUGUAUUGUGAUAAUGUACAUUAUUAAAUGGGUGAUAAAUCAAUGCUCAACACCAAUCUUAGUUGGUGGUGAUGAGACUCACAGUAGUCUCUCUCUCUCUAUCUCUAUCUCUCUCUCUCUGUGUCUCUCUCUCUCUCUCUCUCCCUCCCUCUCUCUCUCAUAUAUAUCUGUGAUUGGUUAAAGGCUGUAUUUGCAUAUUUCCAUUUCCCCUCGUCACAGAACUGUUUGUCAGCCGGACUGUGUGUAUGGAAGAAGAAAAAACGAUGCAAUAUGUCAUAUAUUCUAUGGACUUUCUGGAGAAGGAAAGCUUAGUUGUUAAUCACUGCUCUGAGAUGGAUUCUUCCAGCUGUGUUGUUCAUUGGAAACGUCGACACUGUUCGUUCGCUCACCCAUCACGCAUCAACGUUUUGUAAUCUUUAGGGUUGAGCAUUUUAUUUAAAAAAAGGUUAGAUAUACCGACAGAAGUUUAAACACAAUUAUAUGCAAGUUGUUAACUAAUAAGGCUUCGCUGAUGCUAUUUGCAAUUUUAAUGUUGCAUAAUACCAUUGUAAAUAAAGAAUUCUGUUAUUGCAACAUU